UAAAGAUAAUAAUAUAGGCAACUUGAAUUACGUGAUGACUGCUGAUUGAUCGAAAAGAUCCGAAAGACCUAAGUGUCACCAUGACGUCAAUUCCAAUGCAGCUCAACAAUGGCUGCAGAAGAACCAUCCAAGUCCGAAUUUAAUUCAAUCUUAUCAUGUAUAAACAGAAAAUUUGAAAUUAUAUCCACGAAAUGGUCGGACGACAAAAACUUCGAGGCCAAAUUCCGUACACAAGUACCCAGAGAGAACGAAGAUUACAAUGCGUUAUGUGACGAAUGGGUCGAUCUGUUUUCGGCCGUUACAUCCACGACUUGGGUGAAGAAAAUCUCUAACACCGGCCCGCAAAUUCGUUUUCGUAAACAGUAUCAAUGUUGGACACAUCCUGGUGAAGUGAGGAAGGAGCUACUAUUUGAUCCGCGAAGAUGCAAAGCUACACUUGAUGUUAAAGUACUCACUGACAAUGCUCACACCCGCCGGAAAAACAAGUAUAUUAAACAAGGCUUGAAUGUUGUUGUAAAGCUGAACUUUACACACUUGCAUUCAACUGAAUCAUCAAAACCAUUUGCAUUUUUUGUGCAUACCUGUGAGCCACAGCCAGAACCUCCAAAGCUUACAAUCACACCUAAUGAAAACACUCCUCGAGUAAUCAACAAUAUAGCUAAUAAACUAAAGAAUACUGUCCCAAAAAAUAGGACUGCAACUAUGACAACUGGUCAAACACAUAAUGUACAAACUGCUACUGGUGCUAAACUGCCAGAGCAGCCACAACAAGCACAGCAAUUUCCACCAAUUAUUAUGAAUGUGCCACAGUAUGAGGAACUGGUGAUGUAUCAACCAACUCUGUUGUUUGAACCAGCUCAGGUGAUUCCAUCAACAGCUGCAUUUGCUCCUCAUUUUGUUCAGGUACAAGGAGUCAAUUUGCAGACCCAAAAUGAGAGCAACUUUUAAUAUUGAAUGUGACACAAACUCCAAGUAUAAAUUUUAAACUAGUUUUAGUUGUAAAAUGAGAAAAAGUACUGAUUUUAUAUUAAGUUAACUAUAUUUAUUAUCUAUAAUCAAAAUAUUAAUCAAAAACUCAAUUUGUAUAGCAAGUUUACUUUAUAUUUGUGAUUAUGUAUUAAUACUAUGAAUGAUAAAGUUGUUACUGGAUGUUUUGUAUGAUUGUACUUAAAUAUAUCCUCAUAUAUUUAAUAUGAGUAUUAAUUUUACAAA